CAGUUGGUAAGCAAACACGAGGUUGGUAGGAGUGCGAGCGCGUUUUGCAACUCUCCAGUGUCGUGUCAUCGAAAUUUGAAUUAAAAGUGAACAAAAAUGGUGUGAUUUCGCAAAUUUCGCUCAUUGAAGGGACGACGGUGAAGUGUAUAUUAUGUGGGUGAUAGCAAGAGUGGCAUCUGCGACAUAAACAUAACAUGUUAGCGACGGCUUGGACACACGUCACCAGUUGAUGUUAUGCAGAUUUUUAAUUGAAGCCAAUCAUAGAACAAGCCGCCAAAAUGAAGUGUGGAGGCCGCUUCAUCACCAAAAUGUUCAUCCAAGUGAUGGCAAUCGGCAUUAUCAUCUUCACGAUAAUCCAAUUCCGACCCAUCAAACUCGACAUGACCGUCCCUCACCUCAACAGCCGUUUCCUCCUCCAGAAACGGCUCGACCCUCUCACACGCCAUGCCGACUCCACGACCGAAACCAACGACCUUGAACCAUUCGUMGACAAAAGUCCAUCACUAUCCGAAGACAAACUAGUCGAAGACAUCCAAAAACGCAUGCCCAACCUCCCUAUCAUCUACUGGAACAAGAACAAGAACAAACCAAUGGGGAUGAACAACACUUGUGCCCGAUUUCCCAGCAUGUUCGACUUGGAAUUUAACAAUUUGUACUGGCAGACGUUGCGAACUUCAAAUGGGACAUUUCAACUAUUUGGGGCUUAUUUGGACAAACGAGCUAAUAAUCGGUUAGGUCCAACYGUGAGGAUUCUAGGGAUGAUCGACCGAAUUGAACCGACGGUUGUAACCUACUGCCAGUUUUGGUUCGACGGGAAAAAAGAACCGGUUAUAACCAAAUCGUUCGAGUAUAAAUACAUUUGGUACAARAAAUGGGGGAACUACAAGCAAGGGAUCUACCAACCGUACUUGACAGCUUGUGUGAUCCCCCAACAUUACAGGGAUAAAAUCCCCCAAAGUAUAUCACUAGUUGAGAAGGCUUGUGACAACUCAACUAACAAUUUACGGGUCAUUUUCGAGAAACCAUCACAGAAAAAGGACUUUGCGGUUUGUGUCAAAGGUUUGGACUUCCUCCACGAGGACUUAUCAGUCCGUUUGAUUGAAUGGAUUGAACUUUUGAACUUGUUAGGGGCUGAUAAAGUCUUCUUCUACGAAUUACAAGUCCAUCCAAAUAUCAGUAAAGUAUUGAGGCAUUACGAACAAGAAGGGAAGGUUCAUGUAACUCCGAUUAAUUUGGCAGGGGGGCAACCAAAUGCCCCGUCUUUCCAACACUUGUACCUCACUAAGAAAACCAAUCACAAGCGACAGAACGAACUAAUCCCUUAUAAUGACUGUUUUUACAAGCAUAUGUACGAGUACAAGUAUAUAGCAUUGUUGGAUAUUGAUGAGGUGAUUAUGCCUCUUGAGGGAACCACUUGGAAGGGUUUAAUGGAGAAGGUUUUGCCCAAAGCCCUCAAAAUCAACAAGGAGGAAAGAGCGUCUUACAACGUCCGAAAUGUGUACUUUUUGGACGAUUUAUUACACAACCAUGGAUGGUUUAAGGAAAUCCCCAAAUACAUGCACAUGCUUCAACACGUCUACCGUGCAAAGAACUUCACCAAACCCGGCCAAUACGUCAAGUGUUUCCACAAUACGGAAAAAGUGUUGACUUUACACAACCAUUUCCCGCUUUCGUGUCUUGGUAGUGGUUGCACUUCCUAUCCUAUAGAGACUAGUGAUGCUCAAUUGCACCAUUAUCGUGCCGACUGUGUUAAAACGUUAAAAAAGAGCUGUGAGGAGUAUCGAAAGACUAGUGUAAUGGAUACAACCAUUUGGAAGUUUAAACAACCUUUAGUGAGUCGCGUGACGAGUACUUUGAGGACUUUGGGAUAUUUUGUCAAUCAGGAGAAAGAUAGUAAACGGUGAUUAAGUGCUCAAUUCAAGUUCCUGAGAGGACCAGAAAAUUGUGAUAAAUUGUUGGAUGCCAUGGAGGGUUUUUUUUGCUCAAUUUGGUUGCAUUUUUAUGUAGGUUUUGUGACCUCUCGAUUGUAUAUAGCUGUGGUAAGCGACUUUUUGCAUUUUGUGCCUUUAGGGUUAAGUAGACGUAAGGCUAAACUAUUUAUUCUAUGUAAGUUAUUUAAAAUAAACAGUUAAGAGGAAUAAACGAUUUUUAAAAAA